GAAUCCGUAGUUGCAGGAGGUAAUGCAGGAUUUCCAGGCGAAAACACUCUGGAAGAUACCAAGUUGGAAUUGGUUGAUUUGAAAGACGAGCCGCAAGAAAUUUAUAAAGAAGGUAUGAUUUGGACGAAGGAGGACGGGCCUCCGCCCGAGGGUUUUACUAUUUUUACAUUGGAGAGCGGAAUAUCGGUUCUCAGGAGAAAGAGGCAAAGGAACCUGCAAAAAUUGGGUAUCGGCGGCUUUCUGGUUAGAAUGCGUGGAUUGCGGACGGUCAGGAUAAUGACGAUAUCGAUAUGUUACCUGGACAAACAAAUUCAAUCAGUGGAAUGGAAUCGCCAAUGACCCCACUACCAACAGCUAUAACAACGCCACCGAGUGGCGAUGCAGAGAAGCCAAGAAGAAAACAAAUCCGAAGAAAAAUUAAAAGUAAACUUUCGGAGACUUUCCCACCAUACCUGCAAGAGGCCUUUUUUGGCAAAGACCUAAUGGACAUUACCGACACUAAAAAAAUUCACAGCGGCAGUAGUGACGACGAAAAAGACGAGAAAUAUCACGGAAUGAAGUUGUCUACGGAUGAGUACAUGUCAGUGGACGUGAAGUCGGAAAAACACAGCGAGUCAUCGGGUCACAAAAGUCACGAGAUGUUAGAUUUGGAUAAGGACGAGAAAUCCAAUGCUACAAAGGAUGAUGACGAUGACAACACUGAAGAUUUGAAAGAUGUUUUGGCUUUGUCCGGCGAUCUGUUGGACCCUGAUCUGGUGAACAGUAUUAUUAAUGAGGAAGAUGACGACUUAACUAAAAACACGGAGUUGGAAACGUUGGGAGCAGCCACUCAAUACCACAAACGCUGCUGCAGCGACAACGCGAUUAUCCAUGCUCGAAACAGAAUAAGCACUGAUCGAGACUCGAGAGAAGGCCGAGAGGUUUUGAAACUGUUGUACUUGCCAAGUACACAACUAUUGGCGUAUUUGCCAAAUAAAGGAGUAGUGGGAGCGUCGUACUUGUCAUUUAAAUUCGAACGUUUGGUUUCACUGGCCAAGUACGCAAAUAUUUCCGUACUUGCCAAAUAUACGAAUAGUGGGAAUCCGCCUUAA